CUUAUAACCAACGACAAGUUCAAAAGUGUGGACCAUCGAGUACUGGCUGGACGAGUUGGCCCCAGGAUAUCAGCAGCAUGUUUCUUCACCCCAAGUAUUGCCACUACAUGCGGACCAAUUAAGGAGUUACAAUCAGACAUCAAUCCACCUAUAUACAGGGAAACUCACACCACAAAAUACCUUGCAUGCUACAUGGCAAAAGGACUAGAUGGUACCUCGGCCCUUCCUCACUUCAAACUAUAA